GUCGUACUAUAAGUACUGCUCUUGUUCUCUCAUGGGCUUGUUGCAUUGCAAAUUGCCUAGUACGCAAUUGGCGAUACAGGUCUCAUUAUUAUCUAUCACACCAGUUGACACGUCAGUGAGUCUGGGACCUCAGCGCUCAGCUGCCAGUGUGUGCAGCCGUCCGACGUUCGCGUUUCUGACCACGCAGCAACUGUAUUUGCAGCAUUGUGUUGCAGGUUGUGACUGGCCACUGAUAGGUACCGAUGCCGACUACUUAGGGGACUCUGUGACCAGACAUGAGUCACUGAUUCACUUCCACCUGAUGAUUUUUCGUCCGUACUAGCCCUUGAGGUAAUGACCUCUAGCCAAGGAUAGAAGAAUUCAACUACAAACAGCCUCGAAGGUCACAUCUGAGCAUUAUACCUCUUUCAAGAACGGACGUAUAUUACACCCAUGUAUCCCCUGGCGGUAUUUCUUAAUUCCUUCCAAGGCCUCAAUGUAACUAUGUACCCGACAUAGUCCCUGCAUUAGGUAAGUUAUCUGUCGUUUGUAUGCAUAAUCACUUGUCCAUGUGA